UGCAGGAACAACAUACAGGCACUGCAGUUAUAUUCAGUUCAUGUUGCGGGCCAGGAUUCCAGCCCGACUCGCGCGCGAGCACACCACAUGCAUGUGGGCCAAGCGCAGGCCAACGACGUGGAUAGCUUUACCGACGUGUGCCGGAAAUUUCUAGAAGAGAAGGCCGCGAUUUCUGCCUGGUCUGGAAGGGGAAGAACAUAAGAUUUAUUCUGUAAAGUUUGUGGCAUCCUUCGCUUGCAUAUUUGUGUGCCACGAUUGUGCCAGGAUUGAUGUGAUACAGGGCCACGUACGGUAAGCGCAUCAUGGACGGCCUUAUAGAAUACACCGCGGCGAGUUGACAGUAUAUGCACCGCCAUGACAGUCACAAUCGUUUAAGUUUGUGAGCCAAGGUGAAGGUUGCGUAGAUCCAAGUCCAAGAUGGCGACCAACGUUCUUCGAGCCGAGGAGCUGGACCGGCAAUUUUUGCAAUGUCCCCUCUGCAUCGACCGCCUGAAGAAGCCGAAGGUCCUCGCUUGCCAGCACACCUUCUGCGCCAGCUGUCUGGAGCUCUGGGUCAACCAGAACGACGGUAAGCUUUCCUGCCCCAUCUGCCGAAUGGAGUACCCCUUGGGCGAUGGCGGAGUGGCCUCACUUCCAGACAACUUCUUUGUAAACGGCAUCAUUGACUUCAUCAAGCAGAAGCGGCGGGUGUCGUCCAGCGCCCCGACAUGCCAUGGGUGUGACAGCGAGGCGGCCUACCACUGCUUUGACUGCAACGAGUUCCUAUGCGUGGACUGUGCCAACGCCCACCGCCGGCUCCGUAUGACCCGCAGCCACCGGCUGACCUCGGUGGACGAGUAUCAGACCAGCGGCAUGCUGGUCCGGCUGGACUCCCUGGACAACAGCGCCAAGUUCUGUGCCAACCACGACCGGGAGCAAUUCGACCUCUACUGCGAGACCUGCGACGUGCCCAUCUGCUACCGGUGUCGGGCCACCAAUCACCGGCCGCCCCGGCACAAGCACCGCAAACGGCACGAGGCGGCCGAGCAGCGCCGUGUUGUGCUCGCCCAGUUGGUGGAGCGAGCCAAGGGACGGGUGGAGACACUCCGAGACAACCUGGCUGUCCUGAAGGAGACAAACCGGCAACUGCAGCUGAAUCGUAGCCGAGCGGAGGCUAUGAUCCGUGAGCGGGCGGAGAGUCUCGCUGAGACCGUGGCGAGAUACGAGCAAGAAACACUGGAGGAGCUAAACCAAUGUUACACAACAAGACGGGAGGCAUUGAACUCGGAAACAGAGCUGUUGCAACAGGUUCUCGAUAAAACAAGCAGUGUCUGCAGCGUAACGGAGAACCUACUCUCCGAGGGAAACGACACAGCUCUCCUUUUCGUCAACAGAGAGACAACACGCAAAUUGGAGGAGACCAUCGAUAUUGAAAUCACCACCACAAUAGAGGAGAACGGCCAUAUCGGCUUUGCCUGCGGCGAGAUGGAGUUCAGCCGAGCCUCGCUGCUCGGACAUAUCGAGUGUCACCAGGCCAUUGCCUCACAGUCCGUGCUAAAACCAGAGGAGGAAUUCCCCCGGGACGUUCUCGCCGGUGAGGACGCUUGCGUCUGCCUGGAGACGCGGGAUGCGUCUGGGAAUCCUGUCGUGACAGGGGGCGCCGCAGUGAGCGCCAAACUCUGCUCCCCGGCCGACGAGGUCGGGCUGGCCCGGGUCAAAGACAACGAAGACGGGACGUACGAUAUCGUGUUCCGUUCCAACGGCGAGGGCCGGCACCGCCUCUUCGUGGCCGUCUUCGGCCGCCAGAUUGUGAACAGCCCCUUCGAGAUUAUCGUACACAGGCCCGCCCGCAAGGUCCUCGAGUUUGGAGCAGGCGGCUGCAUAACAAGAUUACGGGAGCCUUGGGGCGUGGCCGUGUCAGCGCACAAUGGAGAUGUAUUUGUAGCAGACACCGGAAACAACUGCAUCCGUGUCUUUGACCUGAACGGAAACCACCGGAAGCAAUUGAACUUCCCGAAUUUUCCGAGCAAGUUUGAGCCUCUUGGUCUCACGCUGAUUGGUGAUGAAGAGAAUAUACUCGUCACAGACCACGUCAACAGACAAGUCCUGCUAUGUACUCGUGACGGGCAGCUCCUGCGUCGCUUCGGGGCGGGCGAGCUCCGACGGCCCUGCGGGGUGGCGAUCAACAGCAUCGGGAGCAUCCUCAUAGCCGACCACGGAACACAUUGCAUCCACUUCUACGACAGUGCCUUCCGCUAUCGUAAAGACAUCGGCGGAUACGGCAAGGCCACAGGCGAGUUCCGCUGCCCCAUUGCCAUCGGUGUGAAUAGCAAAGACGAGAUUAUUGUCUCUGACCGGGAGAACCACCGUGUCCAGAUCUUCGAUCCAGACGGGGAGUUCCUGGCGGCCUUCAGCUCUACGGGCGACGGUGAGGCACAGCUUCGCUACCCUACGGGGCUAGCUGUGGACACGCACGACAACAUUAUCGUCUGCAACGACUGGAACAACCGGGUUCUGAUGUUCGACCAGCAGGGCCGGUUCCUCCGGAGGUUGGACAGCGACGCGGACGCCCUGCAGUACCCCUUGGGGUUGGCCGUGACGAACCACGGUAAGGUAGUCGUGGUGGAUUACGGUAACGAAGCCGUCAAAGUCUUCAAGGUGUAAGAUGUUUCUCCCGAAGGAAACCAACUUACCAUCCACACCACUCACUCCCUCAGCCACACCGAAAUCACCGUGACAGCUUGGUAGCAAGUAGGUUUGUGGACAUGUAACGCCAGUGUAUUUCGAGGGGUCUUCCAGUUUAGAUAUGGGAAUGCAUAGUUCUAACACACGGCAUGUUUGGGAAUCCACAUUGUGCAAGUUAUAUGCCCUGCUUUAAGUGGUUUCAGCCAUAUUGCCUGUGUAGCGCUGCACGCUUAGGGACCCAUUUUAUGAUCUAUAAAAUUGUACACAAAGAACCCCAGUAGUCUGAUUUUCAGUUAAAAUGAAAUUAACUCGUUCUUUGUGGUGGCCACCAACUAAUUCCCGAGUGUAUGCAUGAAUUCGAAACAGGACAUCAACAUGAAAAUGGCGUUGAUACACUUCGUAAAGCGCUCCCAGUAGCCACAAGGACAAACUCUUCAUUUAUAAUAAGAAACUCUUCAUCUGUCAUUUCGUUCCGUGCACAUGCAUCAAGAAUGUGUUCACACUUCUUUGAUAUUAGUGAAGACAUAGGAUGACAUUACUUUACGCGUGUUAAUGUCAGUUUGAUAUCAGUAACAUUGUGUUUUCUUAAUUUCAUUAUUCUCCGAUAUGAAUCAUAAACCCAGUUGCGUAACUAGAGGGCUAACUUUCCGGGGGGCACCCGGGAGUUCAACACAUCUUUUUCAUGGGGGAACCGCAAGACAAUAAGCUCAGCCAGUAGCUGCAUUACGACGGAUAUUAUUCAAAGAUUUCAACUGGGGGCACCCAGGAGGCACAGGCAUCCGCUGGGAGGGGGAACGUGCCCUCCGUGCCCCCCCCCCCAGUUACGCCACUGGAUACCCCAUAUCUUUUAAUUAUAGUACCUUUGAAGUUAUUCCUCACCAUUUUCAGUUUCCUUAUUUCAACAACCACAGCUCCAAUUGAAAUCAUUAAACAUUCUGAAAUAUGCAUUCA